GCAUCCAUGAAGACGACACAAGACAAAGACAUUAAAGUUAUCCACAUAUACGUGAAAUAGGGGAGGCCAGAAGAAUGGUGCAAAAUUAAUAGGGUGUUUUUGAAUUUAAUGACAACCAGAUGGAAGUACUGUAAUCCUGUUCAUGAGAGAGAGAAGGGAGGGAGGGAGAGAGAGAGCAAAUGUAGAUAAGAGGUGGAGAGAAAACACAGUUCUGAAGGCAGACUGAGUCAGAGAGCACAAGUGAUGAAUAAAGUGUGCAGUCUGAUGUUAUAUGUGACUCCAAAUACUCUGUAAAUUUAGAGACCUGCGUGCAGCUUUGCAACUAACAUCAGGUCACCAUGCUGCCCUGGAAGAUGGUUAUAGUUGCUCUUUUAUACUGCUGCAUCAAGCCAGGUGCUGCACGAAGUCGAACUAAAGCCCUAUUUCCAGCUGCAAGCAGAAUGAAAAGAGGAGUGGCAGCUAUGGCGAACCCCACGUUCCUCAGCUCCAUCAAUGAUGCUCAUCUAUUAUUUGAGAUAUUGAUGACCGGCAUACAUUUUGAAUCCAAUGGAACGUUUUCAGUCAGAGACGCUGAACUAGCUUCCCUUCAAAAGACAAGAAACCUGGAUCUAAUCUGCGAAGACAUAAUUCCCAAAAAGCUAACGGACAUAUUGAGGCUCAUAUCCAGCCUUUCACAUCACACUGGUUACCUGCAUCAGGAUGAUUUUGAGCGUGUCAUGAUGACUUUGGUAUACACUGCCCAUCAGAUGGCCACUUCCAUUACUGAAUACCAAAGAGACGUGUGGGCAGAAUCCUUUGUUAGCCUAUACAAAACCAUUAAGAAGGAUCUGACAUUGAGAAACUAAUUGAACACUGGUGCUGCAACACAAUGACUCACUGU